AUUAUGUUUAUAAGCCUGUACCAAGGCUCAUGCAGGAAGCCUAUGCCGCACGCUCCACCCACAAGAAGAAGAUGUGGCGAGGGAGGAAACCCAUCGCCGCCCAUACGCGCCUCGCCCAGAAGCAGGCGGAAUCAGGCACCGAGGUCUCCGUGUCGAAAUGGAUAUGGUGUCUUCUUAGCGACCGGGAGACACCGCCUGUCCGCCAUGUCCAGUUCCUCGUCGAUCCUGCAUGAGAAUAUCCAUGCCACCAGAGCCAGACACCGCCAGCCCGCCAGGUCCAGUUCCUCGUCGAUCUCACUUAAGGAUAUCCAUGCCACCCGAACCGCGAUCAAUCAUCCCACGCAGGAAGACCUGAACAGCCGCGCGCCGUUCUAUCAAGAGACCUCGCCAGACACACCGCGACCAGCGGUAAAAGUAUCGCCUCCAGCUUCCCAGACCCAUGCAACCACCCCUUCCAUGUUUUACUUUUCGCUUUCCGCCCCAAAAGAGGUAUCAGCGGGUGGUUGAGCAGGACUCAGGAGACGCCCCGAUUCCAGAGGCGCCCCUGGUUCUCGCUGGUACCACCGGUUCAUUGCAGCCCUAUGUUAACGUGACUUGCAAUAAACUUAAUUGGUUAGUAUUAAUAUUGGUUUUACAUGUACUCAAAACCUAGAC